UCCCAUCGUUGCUCUCUUUCAUCGUGUUCGUAGGUCCCAUCGCCCCUCUCUUCAUUUUCGGUGUUUAUGGGUUUCUCCAAUUGUGUUCACGAGUCCCAACGUCAGCACUCAUCAGAUCCAAUUUGUCGGUCUCACCUUUGGGGAUCAACUUCGCCAUCAACUGUUCCCCUUUGCUCGCCAAUUGUAGCCUUCAUCUAAGUUUCACAAUCACCAGCAUCGCCUAAGUCUCACUCUCGCCAAUACCAUUUGGGUCUUGUUGGCAUCUUCAAUAGUGGUGGAAACCAUGGAGAAAAUUUUUCAAUACUUCCUCCAGUCAAGCAACAGACAAAAGGAACUUUCCCAUGUAAAUAUGGGAAAAAGUCAAAAAUUCUAUUAAUGAAGGUGGACUGGGCGAAGACUAGGCAGCUCCUCGUCCUAAAUUUUCGAAGCCCUCCCAAAGCCGCUCUCUCUGCAAACAUGGAGAAGACAAGGGAUAUGGGAGCUGGGUGCAAGCUAAAGUCCCACCGUAGAAGGCAAAGAUGGGCUGACAAGGCCUAUAAGAAGUCUCACCUUGGCAAUGAAUGGAAGAAGCCAUUUUUCAGGUCCUCUCAUGCUAAAGGCAUUGUGUUGGGAAAGAUAGGUAUUGAGGCUAAGCAGCCAAAUUCUGCCAUUAGAAAAUGUGCCAGGGUUCAACUUAUCAAAAAUGGAAAGAAGAUUGCCGCAUUCGUACCCAAUCACGGAUGUUUCAGUUACAUUAAAGAAAAUGAUGAAGUGUUGAUUGUCGGAUUCGGUCGUAAGGGAUAUGCGGCCAGAGAUAUUCCUGGUGUUUGAUCCAAGUUCAUGAAGGUGUCUGGUGUGUGUCUUCUUGCUCUUUUCAAGGAGAAGAAGGAGAAGCCAAAGUCUUAAAUUUGCUUGCAAAGCUCAUCAUCCUCUUAUAGUUUUCCAUCAAUGAUUUUAGAGUAAUUUUCAGAUUUAAUUAGUGGUUGUUUUGGACUAUUAUGUAGUUAUUGCCUCCCUCCUUGCAGUCUGAUUUUUGACAUCGUUUGACUGAAUUCCUUCCAUUUUGCUCUGAAGGUGGACUGGGCAUCACUGAUUUACAACGAAACAGAUCCCUGUUGGCUAAGUGGACAUGAAGAUUUCAGCUUGAACAGCAUGCUCUAUGGAGAAAGGUGAUUAAAGACAAAUGUGGCUCUCAACACUUUACAAGCCGCCUCCCUCUAUAAAGCAACUAAGAGCCCAUGGAAGAAUAUCCAUUCUCACUCUUGUCUAUGAGAACAUUCAAAACAAAGUUGAAAAUAGGAGAACACCUCAUUUUGGAAUGAUAUUUGGAAAGGAGACCAAUCAUUCGUCUGACCUUUCCGCAUCUGUAUGCAUUAUCUGGAGCAAAGAAUAUUUCUAUGGCAUAAGCAUGGGACUCGGCGAAUUGCUCAUGGAUUGAACUUUAAGUCAGCAUCUCAAGGAAGAAGAAAUUGAGGAAUGGGCUGCCCUCACAAUAAAAUUCCCUCCAUUCAGUUCAGACUGUCGGGACAAAUGGACUUGGAAGCUUGAUGAAGCCGGAACUUUUCUAUAAAAUCAUUACUCAACAGCCUCGUAUCUGGGUAUCAAAACAUCGAUAAAGAGAUAUACGUGAAAAAGUGGAAAGAGUCCUUGCCCCAAGAAAAUCAAAGAUUUGAUUAUGGGAAAUCAGCCACUCUUGCCACAAUACUUUUGACAGGCUACAGAAAAGAUGUCCUCGGGUAUCUCCUUCUCCAAAUCGGUGGUCUUUGCCAGAAAUUGGGGGGAUCACUCUGUCAGAUCCUUAUUUGUGGCUCCUGCACAAGAAAAGGUUGGGUCGAUACUCUUUGCCUUUGGAUGGAGCAUUGUCCUGCCGGCUCUUGCCAAAAGAUUGGCUCCAUUUGGUUCAGUACAAUCACCCUUUCAAGUCCACAAAAGCUACUCUAUGACCUUUUUGAUCAAGGCUGUCCUCUGGGGAAUAUAGAGUGAGAAGGACUUUUCAAGAUA